ACCCUUAACACAUGUCAGUUAGCGAUCCACUCCUUCGGGAGUUGAAAGGACUCGUUUUGGAACUUCGGACCAAAAAUGAAAAUGUCUGUGAUAGGACGCCAACACUACAUAGGCUGUGUAAAAUCCUAGAGGAGAUCUUCAGGAAAGGUUUAAAAAAUCCUGGUUGGUUUGGAAAGUGUGACUAUUGGACAUGGAUAAGCAAGCUCAACAAUAUUUCCAAACAAAGAAACAAUCCCAUCUUGUCAAUGGUUAUAGACUCAGUGAAAGAAUCAAAGAAAGUAUUUAGCAGCUGUGGGCGUGGCAGAUUAUUCAUUCGAUCAGCUUUGGUCAAGAAAGUCUUAGCUGUUCCAGUGCAACUUCUGGCUAAGGACCAUCAACUGGCUCAGGAGUGGUAUACAAACAAUUCUAUUCUUGGGGAUGAAAUUUUAACAGAAAUUUUCCAAUCUCUCCUUUUCGAACUGACAGAAGUUCCAUUCCAGUUACAAGUUAAGAAUGCAAGUUUCUUAGACAACACUUGGGAUUUAGCAACUUACACAAAGUUUGAGUUUGUGCCGUGUGAUGACUUAGGACUACAUGUCCAGUUAGUACAAGGACAUCUCCUGGUAGUGGCUGUGGAGUCAGGUAGUGUGGUCGAGGAGGAUGGAAAGAUUUCACCAGGAGAUGUACUUGAUGAACUCUACAAACAGCCUCUAAAAAACAGCAAAAUAGCCUAUGCACAUAAUUUGCUGCAGAAAUAUCAUGGUCUUCCAGUACAUAUGGGUGUUUUGAAGUAUCAGGACAGUGAAGGUAACCUAUAUCAGCCAAUUAUACAGCUAUUGGAAGAAUGUGGUAUUGACCCUCUGAGUUUGGGGGGAUCUUCUUCAUGGCAAGAUCAGACCAACACCCUCAAUGGGAACAGAAAACCACCACAUGCUAUCCUGGAGGAAGACGAGGAUACAGAAAUACCUGUUCAUGGCUCAGACAGCGGAGCUGUUUAUGAAGCAUCCUAUCUUGGUCAUGCGAUACUUGGAAAGGAUGGCCGUGUUCAGAGGAUAGAAGACGCGGUGUCACUGGUUGUGAGGAGUAACAAGAGAAAAAGGAGAGUGAAACUUGACCUGCGAGAAAAAGAAAUAUAUGUCUCUGAUCUGACAGAUCAUAAGUUGGUGCUACAGCAUGCCUACACUGCCAUAUCUGCUUGUGGGCGGAGGACUGAUGCUCUCACAUAUAUUGGUUAUAUUGCAGGGGAGACAACCUGUAGCCUGGCCAAGGACUUUGUGUGUCAUGUAUUUGAGAUGAAUAAUGUGGAAGAGGCCAGACUUGCACUGUGUACUAUGGCACAAGGAUUCCAGAGGACACAUCUUCUACUGUGAUAGUUCUUGGGAAAAACACCAAGAAGACAAACUAAGGACCAAUAAUAGAACUGUCAUGAAUUGUUAAAAGAUAGAAAGUAUUGUUUUCAUUAGUGACUGGAGAAUGUAGGAAACU